GCAGGUAAAACAGGCUUCCCGCGGGUAAAGUGUCUUAACCGACCCAAACAAGUUUAGCCGCGCCGGCGGUCACGGCGCCAGUCUCAAGCUGACCGUGGUGGUGAGAUGACGUCCGGACGAGUGCUGGCUCUUGGUCUCUGUCUCGCGCUUUUCACCAGUGUGGUGAGCCAGGAGUGUCCCCCGUGCGAUGUAGAGUCCUGCAAGAGCUUCGUCCAUAGUGACUGUCCCUGGGGCUUCCUGAAGGACCGGUGUGCCUGCUGCCAUAUUUGUGCAAAGGGCCCCGGGGACAAAUGCGACAGGACCUUCGACAAGAACGGUGACUGCGGGCCGGGGCUCACCUGCGUCCCGCCGCCGUCAGCCGUCCCCAACGCCGUCGAGGGCGUCUGCACCAUGCAGUUCCUCGUCACCCACUUCUUCCCCGUCAAGCCAGUGGGGUCGUUGGAACAACAGUGAACACUGCGCGGCUAGAACAACGGCCACAGCGCAUUCGCUGCUAAUACAGUAAUGAAAUAGAUCAUCGGUGAACAGCGUCGAGUACAACGAGUCAACGCGUGUCUACAACACCAACGGGGAAUGGCGCGAAUGCAGCAACGGUCAACGAACCGUUCACCGUUGCUGAUUCACUCUCGCAAGGCGACUGUGUUCGUCCCUAACGCAAUAACUAUACCAAUCCUGACGGUUGAGUUGUGGAGCAGUUUAAAAUUCAAACAUUUGAAUUCCUGUUUUGAAUUAUUGUCUAAAUUCACCACUCUUAAGGAAUCCUGCUCUGGGCCCUUUUUCUAUUAGGCUUUACCAAUGAUGUAUACCUUCUAUUAGGCUUUAUCGAUGAUGUAUACCUUCUAUUAGGCUUUACCAAUGAUGUAUACCUUCUAUUAGGCUUUACCAAUGAUGUAUACCUUCUAUUAGGCUUUACCAAUGGGGGUAUACCUUCUAUUAGGCUUUACCAAUGGUGUAUACCUUCUAUUAGGCUUUAUCGAUGAUGUAUACCUUCUAUUAGGCUUUACCAAUGAUGUAUACCUUCUAUUAGGCUUUACCAAUGGGGUAUACCUUCUAUUAGGCUUUAUCAAUGGGAUAUACUUUUUAUUAGGCUUUACCAAUGGGGUAUAUCAAUUAUCAAAUUUAAUUUGUAAUAAGCUCGUAGAUAGUCUAUAUAGCAUAUUGAUAUAUACUUUGUUAUUUUAAUUUGUGAAUUUGUGGUUUUAAUGUUGUUAUAUAGAAGCCAUGUUUCUUAGAUAAAAUUUUAAAAUGUC